AUGCAGUCACACGAGCAGAUUGCCUACUUGGGUCCAAAGGCUUCAUAUACGCAUCAGGCAACUCUAAGUGCUUUUGAUUCCGACAACUAUACCUUCUCACCACAAACGACCAUUGAAGAUGUCUUCUACCAAGUGCAAGCAGGAAAGGCUGCUUAUGGUGUCGUCCCAUUCGAAAACUCGACCAAUGGAUCUGUAGUCUUCACACUAGAUCUCUUUGCAGACCAGAGUGCGAAACACCCGGAUAUUGUGGUCUGUGGCGAACGCUAUGUUGAAGUACACCACUGUCUACUAGGCCAUCCCGCAAUUUCUGGGCAGGGACAUGCAACCGGGCCGGCCAAGGUACUCCAGGAGGAAACCAAGAGCCCGAGCAGCUCUGGCCAUGCUACGCCUAUACCAGGCAACCCCAACCCGACAAACUCACGCGCAGCGCCAUUGACUUCCCUCUCACAUAUCAAGAAGCUAUAUUCGCAUCCGCAGGCUUGGGGGCAAUGCAAGACUUUCUUAUCCUGCUAUCUCAAGGGUGUCGAGCGACAGGAUGUAUCGUCUACUUCCCGAGCAGCAGAGCUCGUAGCGGCAGACGAUACACACACAUCGGCAGCAAUCAGCAGUGGGAUCGCGGCACAAAUGACUGGUCUGGAUUUCCUGGCACGCGAUAUCGAGGACGAAAAGGAUAAUGCUACACGCUUUUUCAUUAUUCGGAGAAGAAGUCUUGAGGACACGUCUCCCUCGUCUGUCACCACUGGAAAGGACGCAGACAACCAACAGAACGCUCGGGCAUUCAAGUCGCUGCUUUCGUUCACUGUUUCUCACACCGAUGCCGGAGCACUGGCUAAUGCCUUGGCUGUUUUUGGAUCACACGGUAUCAAUCUGACCAGCAUCAAUCCCCGACCAAGCGGAGAGGCACCAUGGCAUUACAUGUUCUUUGUUGAAUUCUCAGGCAAGCGAGGCCAGCUCGCCGUCGACGAUACACUCAGCGGUCUAGACAAGGUCGUCAGGUCUUGGAGGUGGCUGGGCAGCUGGGAAAAUGCUCUGCAGCAAAAGCAAUGA